UCUGGGGAACGCCCCACAGUAGGCACACCAGACCUAUGAGUUAGGUGCGCGAAAUUACGUCUUCGUCGGGCCGAUCCUCGUUGGGAUUUUUGUGACAAAAGAGGGCGUCUGGCUCGUCUCUUAAAGACUCGUAACCAACACCUUCGUUCUUGUGUGUACAUCUCCAACAAUCGCCAUGUCUUCUCCUCCAUCCUCUGAAAUCAAGAAGGGCUACGCCCCAGGGCACGUAGACGCCGAGUCGCAACAUGUGGCCGAAGAUGCCGUGUUCGGUGAGGUGGUUGAGGGUGGCCCGGAUUAUCGCGCUGUUGGAUGGAAAGGCACUGUUGCCUUGAUGUUGAAGACGCAGAUCGGACUGGGUGUGCUCUCUAUCCCUGCUGUCUUCGACGUCCUCGGUCUGAUUCCCGGGAUCUUGUGCUUGUUCAUCAUCGGUAUCAUCACUUGCUGGUCCAACUACGUGGUUGGCGUCUUCAAAUUACGGCAUCCUGAGGUCUACGGUAUCGAGGAUGUGGGCAGCAUGCUGUUUGGCCGUGUUGGACGAGAGAUUCUCGGCGGAGCGUUCGCAUUAUGGUGGGUUUGUGUUGCUGGGUCUGGAAUGCUCGGUAUUUCGAUCGCGUUGAACUCGCUCUCUGAACAUGGGACAUGUACUGCGGUCUUCGUCGCCGUCGCCGCCAUUAUCGGGUUUGCACUUUCGAGUAUCCCAACAUUGGGCAAGAUUACGUGGGUGGCGUGGAUUGGUCUGGUUGGUAUCCUCUCAGCCAUCCUCACCGUCACCAUCGCAGUAGGCCUUCAAGACCGACCACCAGCGGCCCCCUUGACCGAUGGACCCUGGAAAUCUGACUUCAAACUCUUUGGUAACCCGACAUUUGCUGAGGCAGCUGCGGCCUUGACUUCUCUUGUGUUUGCGUAUGCCGGUACCCCAGCGUUCUUCAACAUCGUGUCCGAGAUGCGUGAUCCUCGCAUGUACACACGCGCAGUCAUGAUCCAGCAGAGCAUUUCAACUUGCUUCUACGGCGUCGUCGGUAUCGUCGUGUACUACUACUGCGGCUCGUACGUUGCAUCUCCCGCCCUGGGUUCCGCAGGAGCCAUGAUGAAGAAGGUGUGCUACGGUCUUGCGCUCCCGGGUUUGAUUGCUAGCACUAUGUUGGUCACACACAUCAACGCCAAGUACUUCUUCAUCCGCACACUCCGUGGCUCGCGUCAUCUCAACCACAACACCCCAACCCACUGGAUAGUUUGGUUCAGCUACACCGCCGGCGUUUCACUAGCCGCAUACGUCAUCGCCAGCGCAGUGCCUGUUUUCGGCGGUCUGGUGUCUCUCGUCGGUGCCCUGUUCGGUACGCUCAUGUGCUUCCAGCCUAUGGGUUGCAUGUGGCUGUAUGACAACUGGUCGGCGGGCAAAGCGACCAAGUCGCCAAAGUGGAUCGCCAUGGUAGUUUGGUGUGUGUUCGUCAUUGCGUCUGGAACCUUUUUGAUGAUUGCCGGCACCUAUGGGUCGCUCGUGGAGAUCAUAGCCAGCUACAGUGUAAGUGGCGGAUCGAAGGCAUGGACGUGCGCGGACAAUUCGAACUCGACAUAGUCGCGUUGGGAGAGUGUCGAUUGCAUUUGAUAUGGCGCUUUUCAAAGCUGAUGAGUUUGACGAACUUGUAUAUAUGAACCAUUAGUUGGAUUGUUUCCCUGUAACGAAAUUAUGUUUGACUUGUA